UUCCUGACUGUGGCGUGAGGCCGAGCCCACAAGUCAAGCAUGAGCUAUAUAAGAGACGGCAGAACACCACAAGUACACACACACACACCGUUUCUGCUGUUCUUCGUGCUUCACUUCUGUGGACCUCUUUGAUCUGGAAAUUCCGGGUCAAGAUUAUUAUAUAUAGCGUAAAGAGGAGAAAAGCUCAUCGACUGAGGUUAAAGACCAUCGGAAGAGACUCGGGAUGGCGUACAAGCUACCGGAGUUCGUUCUUCUUCUCCUCUUUGGAAUUUCCACCACCUUCACUCAAGUUUAUACAAAUGACUAUGAGUGGACGACUUGGUUCAACGUCGAUCACCCCGGAGGGAAGGGAGAUUACGAACAGCUGGAUGCGAUUCGUUUCUAUUACCGAGCUCGUGUGUGUGAUUCCCCACGGAUGCUGGAAGCUCGUACUACAGACUGGAUACCAGCUCACAGAACUGGAGAGAGAGUGCACACUGAGCCCACUGUGGGUUUCUGGUGCAUCAAUUCAGAACAACCUGAAGGAAAGAACUGCUCCAAUUAUGCGGUCCGUUUCCUUUGCCCAAGAGACACAAAGUCUGAACCCCAAGGUGUGUGGAGUCAGUGGUCAGACUGGACCCCAUGUUCUGCACAAUGUGGCCAGGAUGCAUCCCAGAUCCGCUCCAGAACCUGUACAACCCAAUCUAGGAAGUGCAACGGUCUAAAGAUGGAGAGCAGACAAUGCAGAGGACCCACUUGUUCAGGGUGUAAUCUGCAGUGUGUUAUGGGCAAGGCAAACACAGACUGCAGUGCUUGCAUGUGUGAGGAUCACACAGUGCUUGGAUCAGUUCGUCGUGCUGGAGGUCUCCCGGCUCCUGGGGCAGCCGUUCUCCUUUCAGGCAGAAGCCCUAAACUUCUGACAAUUUCUGACCACAACGGACACUUCCGUGUACCGGGGAUCUGCUCAGACGGCAACACUACACUGCUGAUCAAGCUGCAGGGCCACAUGCGUCAGGAAAUUGUCAUGCCGCUGAGCCCCGAGCCCACAACUGUACUUCAUGUGAAGUUAGAGAGAGCAAAAAACCUGUAUGUGGAAAAGAACCCAGAGUCAAAAGCGAGGAGACAGGGUCAGACAGCUGCCUUCUGCUGCAAGGUUACUGGUUCACCUGAACCUAAUGACUACCAAUGGUUUCACAACGGAACUCUGCUUGACAAGAGCAUAUAUCACUAUGACAAGACAUUGGUUUUGAGGAACCUAAGAAAGGAUCAGGCUGGAGAGUACUACUGCAGAGCAAGCAGUGAGAAUGGUUCUAUUAAAUCCAAGCCAGCUACUCUCUCAGUCAUAGGUCAGGCUGAGCCUUCGUGCAACCCGAACCCUGAACCCAACUUGAUCCGUGUGCCUCAUGACUGCUUCCAGAACCUGACAAACUCCUUCUACUAUGAUGUAGGAAGAUGCCCCAUAGUAACAUGUACUGGACAGCUAGACAAUGGUAUUCGCUGCAAAGACUCCAUAUCUUUCUGUUGUGGGGUGUCCAAAAUGGAAGAGAGACAGAUAACAUGCCAAGGCUACGAGUUACCUACUAUGGUGGUCACUCAGUGUGGCUGCAAAAAAUGUGUGGAAACAAAGGCAACAGUUCGUGGACGUGCCAUUGCAGCGGAUACAGGAGAGCCCUUGAGGUUUGGACACAUCUACAUGAACGGAGCAAGGAUUAGCCGAACAGGAUACAAGGGUACUUUCUCUAUCCAAGUUCCCACGGAUACCGAAAGGCUGGUUCUAACUUUUGUAGACAACAUGCAAAAGUUUGUGAACACUACUAAAGUACUGUUGUUCAACAGUAGAGGUGGAGCCGUGUACCACGAGAUCAAACUGCUGAGGAAAAAACCUCCUGUUACCUUAAGCUCAACCGCUACAAACAAACUACAGCUUGGAGAACUACAGGAAGAGAAACCCAUGGCUGAGAUUGAAAUUCCACCCAACUCUUUUUACAAGCAAAAUGGAGAGGUAUAUGUUGGUAAUGUAAAGGCCAGCGUUACCUUCGUAGACCCAAGAGAGGUAUCCACAGCAGCAGCUGCUCAAAGUGACCUCAACUUUGUAGGCACUGAAGGCGAUACCCUCCCCUUGAGAACUUAUGGCAUGUUCUCUGUUGACUUCAGGGAUGAGUCAGAUAGUGAGUCGCUAAAUGCCGGAAAAGUAAAAGUUCGACUCGAUGCGGCCCAAGUCAAGAUGCCGGAACAUCUGGAGACAAUGAAGCUGUGGUCCCUCAACCCUGAGACUGGUCUUUGGGAAGAAGAAGGACAGCUUCAUAUGGAGAUAAAACAGCGAAGAAAGCGAGAAGAAAGGACUUUCCUCGUAGGAAACAUGGAAAUUCGAGAGAGAAGGUUGUUUAACUUGGACGUCCCUGAGAACAGAAGAUGCUAUGUUAAAGUACGAGCUUUCCGUAGUGAGCGAUUUAUACCAAGUGAGCAGGUUGAGAGUGUUGUGAUUACUCUGAUCAAUAUGGAGCCUACAGCAGGUUUCGCCAGCAACCCUCGUGCAUGGGGCAGGUUUGAUAGUGUCAUCACUGGUCCUAAUGGGGCAUGUCUGCCUGCUUUCUGUGAUGACGAAAAAGCAGAUGCUUACUCUGGUUAUGUCAUGGCAAACCUCGGAGGGGAAGAACUCGAUGCAGUAGCUUCAGCACCAAAAUUAAAUCCCAAUGUCAUUGGUGUUCCUCAACCCUAUCUGAACAAACUGAAUUACAGAAGAACAGAUCACGAUGAUCCCAGGAUUAAGAAGACGGCAUUCAGUAUCAACAUAGCAAAACCCAGCCCAAACGCAGCUGAAGAAGCAAACGGUCCAAUUUAUCCGUUUGAAAAAAUGAAAGAGUGCGAAGAAGCUCCAUUUAACGCACCUCACUUUCGCUUUUCAAGAGUUGAAGGAGAUCGCUAUGACUACAACACGGUUCCUUUUAACGAGGACGAUCCAAUGAGUUGGACAGAAGACUAUUUGAGUUGGUGGCCAAAACCAACGGAAUACAGAGCUUGCUAUAUUAAAGUAAAAAUCAACGGCCCGCAUGAAAUCAACGUUCGUUCUCGCAACAUGGGAGGCACCCACCCGAGAACAGUUGGCCAACUGUAUGGACUUCGCGAUACCCGUAGUAUCCGAGACAGGGUGCAGUCCAGUGUCUCAGCAGUCUGUUUAGAGUUCAAAUGCAGUGGCAUGCUCUAUGAUCAAGACAGAGUGGAUCGCACCCUAGUGAAGGUGAUCCCACAAGGUAGUUGCAAGAGAGAGAGUGUGAAUAGUAUGCUACAAGAGUACUUGGUCAACCAUCUUCCACUGGCCGUCAACAAUGACACCAGUGAAUUCACCAUGCUUGCCCCACUGGACCCUCUGGGCCAUAAUUACGGUAUCUACACGGUUACUGACCAAGACCCUCGUACAGCAAAAGAGAUAGCACUUGGGCGCUGUUUUGAGGGUACAUCAGAUGGGACAUCAAGAGUAAUGAAGAGCAAUGAUGGUGUGGCAUUAAUCUUCACUUGUGGCGAUAAAGAGGUCACCAAACAGAGCGUGUUCCAGCAACUCCAGAACGCUCCAGGCCGGGCCAUAGCAGGGACUACUCGUCCAGGGAGAGGCAACCGAAGGCAGAGGGGAGACUCCUCAGCUGCCCUCCGUAGUAGCCAGAGAAGAAGUACCCGCAAUCCCAACAGACGAUCCCAAACCACACGCAACUCAUAAUGAAUGUUUAAUGAAAAUAGUCCGGAGAGGACAUCCAGGGAUGGUCUCCAUACCACCUAACUGGUGCGAAAAGUCUAUGAGCAUAUUCAUAAAUGAAACUGUUUUUAAACUUUAAUGUGUAAGGGUUUUAACUGAACCUGUUAUUUUUUUUCAACAAUUUUCCCUGCUCCAAACAUGUUCCCCCAAUCCCCCCACUCCUCAACAGAUAAAUCUGGAGCUAAAGUGGGUAUGUAAUGACAGUUUGAGGAAUAAUGUUGACCAGUAACAAUUAAGCAGCUCCUCCACCCCAGUUCACAAAUAAUUUGGUAAAUGAGGCAUUUUGAAACAGCUAUCUUAAGUUUAUGCCUUAACACUUACCUGUACUGUGAUAGUUACUACUUGAAAUUGUAAAUAACGGGAUAUUUAUUUCAUACACCAUGAUAAAUAACCAGAAAUCCUAAUGUUUGUGUAUUUGACUCACACUACGUUUUCCAAAAGAAUCCUUUUUGAUCAAUAAUUUUUAUUAAAUUACAUCCUUAAAAAAAAAAAAAAAAAACACUGUGGCGUCUCGUCAUGGGUCGCUUUCUUAAACAUUUUCGCGAAGCGUGUUUUUUCCCCCAAACGGUUAGAAGGAUAAACCCUCAAAACAAAAGGAAAACCUCAAAUAUUGAAUGAGAGCAAAUAUGUUUCUGUACUGUCUUCCUUCUCCCUGAUACAAAGCUGCUAAAGCUACAACAAAAGUCCCACGGUCCAGCACUAGAAAUUUAAACCUACCAGUAUUUGCGCAAAGUAAACAUUUGAAUGGAAAAAUAAUAAUAAUAAUAAUAAUUUUCAGAACAAUUUAAUACACAGGAAAUGCUGCUUUCAAAUUGUACUUACGUGUUUUUUUCUGCUUCUCCGUCAUUUACACUAAAAAAAUAAGUGUACCUACAACCGGUGCUCCUUAUUGUAGUGUCUGCUGUAAAUGCACUGACAUGUUAAGGACAAAA